AACCUUUUUUUAGCGCUUUUUGUUUUGUUCCGUUUCACUUCCCGCGCGGCACUUGCGCUCGUGUGUAGCAGCCGCCCUGAACAAAGUUUUCGCAGUUUUCGUGCCUACUAGCGAACCUAAACAACUUCAUCGCUGAUGUGCAUUACGGAAAGAACUGUCAGGAGUUUUGUUCUAUAUUAACCGGAUUCGAAAAGUUUUGGCAGAGCUCGCCGGCUCGUUGCGCGCACAGGGAGCGAUGAAGUGCACGGGGCCGGGGUUUUUGUCUCCGGCCGUUAGCCUGCUUGCUGGCACCCUUAUUGGAUUCGUGAUCACUAGUCAGAUUUUACUGUGGCUCAACAGCGAAAACUUUUGUGACUCGUCGCCCUUCAAGCGAACGCAAGCGACACCAAAGCCUCGCCUCCUGUUUGUCGGCGUUAUGACGGCGGAGAAGUAUCUGUCUACGCGAGCUCUCGCCAUCCAGCGCACUUGGGGCAAAGCCUUGAGCGGUAGGCUGGCUUUCUUCUCGAGCGGUUCGUCGCAUUGGGAUGGCGAGGAAAAAUUACCCCUGGUUGCUCUCCGUGGCGUUGACGAUUCGUACCCGCCGCAGAAGAAGUCUUUUCUAAUGCUCAAGUACAUGCACGAUCACUACAUCGACCAGUACGAAUGGUUCAUGCGCUGCGACGAUGACGUUUACGUGCACGUCGAAAGACUAGAGCGAUUCCUCCGUUCGGUUAACUCAAGCAAGCCACAGUACAUCGGGCAAGCUGGUCUCGGAAACAAAGAAGAAUUUGGCCAGUUGAGCCUUGAGCCCGAUGAGAACUUUUGCAUGGGUGGCCCUGGUGUACUGUUUAGCAGGGAGACACUUCGGCGUCUUGUUCCACACAUCUCAACCUGCCUGAAGCACCUUUAUUCAACACAUGAAGACGUUGAAGUUGGACGUUGUGUGAGACGGCAUGUUGGCAUUCCUUGCACUUGGUCUUACGAGAUGCAAACAAUCUUUUAUCACAACUUCUUUGGCGAGGUGGCUCUGAAAGGCCGUGUGCGGCGACGUGAGGUACACAGGUCACUAACGUUGCACCCAAUCAAGGAUCCUCGUGAAAUGUAUAAGGUGCAUGCGUACUUUGGUGGCUUUCGUGCGCAAGAGUUGAGACAUCGAUCACUUCAGCUUCUCAGGGAAAUUCGCUGGGCUGCUCAAAACUAUGGUGGAUGUGUAUCACCGAGCCAAGCUGCAUCACCGUGGUGUAAGGGUAUUGUGAAUGGAUCUUCAGCCCUUUCUGAAAUGCCUUCCCUCACCAAGUACUUUCCGGGAGAAAUUCAAGAUCUCCUAACAUGGGACUUCUUUGCAAAGAGCCUCUAUUCUGAUCAAGUGACAAACCCGCGCCGACGCAUCGAAUCGUACUACGAGAUCAGCAUCAACAACGUCAUCAGCGACCUGAUGGAGCUCACGAACCGCUACUCCAAGCAGCGUGGACGCGUAAUUGAGUUCAAGGACGUACUGUACGGCUACCUGCGCGUCGACCCGCUUCACGGUGCCGACUACGUGCUCGACCUGCUACUCACGUACCGCAAGUACCGCGGCCGCAAGAUGACGCUGCCGGUGCGCCGUCACGCCUACGUGCAGCAGCCCUUUACGCAGCUGCGGAUCCGGGAUAUCACUCCUGUUGCGGACGAAUCACGACGGCGAGUCGCGGUCCGCUUCGUGCUACCGCUUUGUGGCCGGCGAGCCGCGUUCGAGCGCUUCCUGCGCACCUUCCGCGACGUGUGCCUGGACGCAGACGACGCGUGUAGCCUUCUCGUGGUGCAGUACAGGGACACUGCGGCCGAGGCCGACGACCUGGAAGGUACAGUCACCGCAGAGAAGGUGCUCGGUGCCGACUACGACAAGUCUCGCGUCGAGUUCCUGCCAGGCGGCAACGGCGGCGAGUUUUCGAGGGCUGCCGCGCUCGAGCUGGGCGCGUCGCGCUUCAAGGACGACCAACUGCUGUUCUUCAUCGACGUCGACAUGACGUUCGACGCCGGCGUGCUGCGAAGGGUCCGGGCCCACACGGCAAGGCGCCGCAGCGCCUACUUCCCCAUCGUCUUCAGCCAGUACGACCCAGCGUACACGGGCGUUUCGCCAGAAGACCCGCCCAGAGUGGCCCCCGAGGAAGGCUACUGGCGCCAAUUUGGAUUCGGCAUCGCUGCCAUCUACAAGUCGGACCUGGCGGCCGUCGGCGGUCUCGACGUCAGUAUCCGCGGCUGGGGCAAGGAGGACGUGGACCUGUUCGACCGCGUGGUGGCCUCCAACCUGACCGUGGUGCGCGCCCCGGACCCAGGCUUGGUGCACGUCUUCCACCCUGUGCGCUGUAGCCGUGACUUGGCCGCUGCUCAGUACGACAUGUGCCUAGGAACCAAGUGGACCAGCGUUGCCUCCGAGCGCACCUUGGCCGCUAUCAUCGCUCAGCGGCAUCACGAACUGCUCACGCGCAACUUCAGGCGCUGAGGAUCGAAUCGGGCAUCGAGCGGACCGCAGGUCGGCGCGCACUCUGACUAUAUGUCAAUGAAUGUUUGUCACGCCUAUACAAUACCAAGCCGAACCGCCAGGCUUAUGUGCAAUGUAACCAUUUGUAUGGCAAACGGCACGUCGUCCACACCUUUAGUACUACGACGUAUGUAGUUUGGCUGUCAAAGCCAGGGGCGUAGCCAUAAAUGUUUAUUUUAGGUGCGUGCGUUUGUACGUGUGCGCGUAUAUGUAUAUUCACGUACAAAAAAAUUCUGGGGGGGGGGGGGGGGCGUUGAAACCUCCUCGUAACGGCACUGUGCAAUGCUGUUUCCACAUAGUUUCUUUAUGUAGGGAUGCAGCAAUGCUGUCUUUUCUGGUUCGGGUCGUCACCUGCAUACUCACCCCAUUUUUCCUGGAAGGAUCCCGAAAUUGAACGGAUAUUCCCUAAUGUAUGCGGACACAGCCAUAAAUCUACCUAAAAUCUACCCGACCCUACCACGCAAAAAAAAAAAAGAAACAAAGCAAAAGGAACAAAGAGACAGAGAGAGAACCGCGUCAGGAGGCCUAGCCGCAUUAUGAUUGCUAUUAUGUGCU